GCAUAUAAUAUCAUUUUAUUCCCUCUGCUCGUCUUCUCCACCCCUUCACCAACCCUAACAGCCACCAACCACCACCACCACCACCAACCGCCAUGGCUCUAGCUCGCCGGAGUUCCAGUCUCCUCAAGCCUCUCUCCACUGCCUCCUCCUCCUCAUUCCUCCACCGCCGCCCCUUCUCCACCGACGACACCACCACAAUCACCGUCGAAACCAGCGUCCCCUUCACCGGCCACAACUGCGAACCUCCGUCGAGAUCCGUUGAUACAACUCCUAAAGAGCUCAUGAGCUUCUUCACCGAUAUGGCACUCAUGCGCCGUAUGGAGAUCGCCGCUGACUCUCUUUACAAAUCAAAACUUAUCCGAGGGUUUUGUCAUUUGUACGAUGGACAGGAAGCUGUGUGUAUAGGUAUGGAGGCCGCGAUCACGAAAAAGGAUUGCAUAAUCACGGCGUAUCGUGAUCAUUGUAUAUUUCUAGGCCGCGGUGGGACGUUAUUGGAGAGUUUUUCAGAGCUAAUGGGCCGGCAAGCGGGUUGUUCGAGGGGAAAAGGAGGAUCAAUGCAUUUUUAUAAAAAAGAUGCAUGUUUUUUCGGUGGUCAUGGGAUUGUUGGAGCUCAGGUUCCGUUAGGGUGUGGAUUGGCGUUUGCGCAGAAGUAUCGGAAGGAAGAUCAUGUGACUUUUGCUAUGUAUGGUGAUGGUGCUGCUAAUCAAGGGCAGUUGUUUGAGGCGUUGAAUAUGGCUGCUCUUUGGGACUUGCCUGCUAUUUUGGUGUGCGAGAAUAAUCACUAUGGUAUGGGUACAGCUGAAUGGAGAGCUGCAAAGAGUCCUGCUUAUUACAAGCGAGGGGAUUAUGUUCCUGGAUUAAAGGUUGAUGGUAUGGAUGCCUUCGCUGUCAAACAAGCUUGCAAAUUUGCAAAGGAACAUGCUUUGAAGAAUGGACCCAUUAUUCUUGAAAUGGACACGUACAGGUAUCAUGGUCACUCCAUGUCUGAUCCUGGUAGCACCUACCGUACCCGUGAUGAAAUUAGCGGUGUCAGACAGGAACGUGAUCCUAUUGAAAGAUUAAGAAAGUUGAUACUUGCUCAUGAUCUAGCCACUGAAAAAGAACUCAAGGACAUAGAGAAACAAGCUAGAAAAGAAGUUGAUGAAGCCAUUGCUCAAGCCAAGGAAAGCCCAAUGCCAGAUGAAUCUGAACUCUUUACCAAUGUUUACCGUAAAGGAUUCGGGGUCGAGUCAUUUGGAGCAGACAGGAAAGAACUGAGAGCUACACUUCCCUGAUUGAACAGCAAAGAUGAAAUUUGAACCAAAUAUCAUAUUCCCCUUCACUCCAAGAAUAAUGAGAACAGAAAAACCAAGCAAAUAACAUUUUUACUUUUGUUUUGUGAUGGCAAAAAUAUAUUUCCAAAAAAAAAAAAAAACUUAAACAUCCUUGGUGACAUGAUUCUUUUUGGCAACAAUCAAUAUGCUGCUAUAUAUCCUCUCAUGGAAUUUUCAUAUACUUUUAUGACUUUUAUUCCUGCUGUUUUCUGUCUA